UCAACGACGCAUCACCAUUCGCAAGGCCAUCCAAAGCUAGCUUUUCCCUCUUCGAUCGACAACUCGUCUAGCUCGUGCGAUCGAUCGAGCUGUGCAGUCAGCUGGGCGGCGAGAGGCGGCGGCUAGCUACUAGCUCAUCGGAGGAUCUAUCGAUGGGGCUGAACCUCAACCUGGCCAUGAGGCUGCUCGCGGCGGCCGCGGUCGUGGCGUCGCUGGCGGCGCCGGCGUCGGGGCAGGGCGGGGCGGCGUCGUGCACGGCGUCGCUGAUCACCAGCUUCACCCCCUGCCUCAACUUCCUCACCAACAGCACCAACGGCGGCGGCUCGGCGCCGACGCAGGACUGCUGCCGGUCCCUGGCGGCGCUGGUGAACGCGAGCACCGGCUGCGCGUGCCUCAUCCUCACCGGCAACGUGCCGCUCGGCGCGCCCGUCAACCGGACGCUCGCCGUCAUGCUGCCCAAGGCCUGCGACUCCGCCGCCGUCCCGCUGCAAUGCCGAGACACGUCGGCUCAAAUCCCAGCUCCUGGCCCAGUCGCCGCCGGCGCGCCCUCCGCCGCCUUGCCCCCGCUGCUGCCAGCGACGCCGGCAACGCCGGAGCCUGAAGCGCCGGCGCCGCCGGUGGUGGAUCCGACCGGGACGGCGCCGGUCAGCCAGGGGCAGACGAGGCCGAUGGUGCUGCCAAGCUCCGCCUGGAGAGCGAGCGAUCACGCCCCCGCGACGGCGGCGCUCGUGCUGCUGCUCGCCGCUGGAGCUGCACUGGUGUGACCGCGGCACUGGUCUGCUGAACAGGCAACAGCCGAGUUGUGUAUAGUUGCAGGGUGCUCUUUAUAUUUGCACAUGUUUUGUUGCAGAGUGGUACAGAGUUCGGUGCUAAUUUGUACUACUAUUCUUGUGUGAGUGAUUUUAUCUGGGACAGUGCAUUAGCUCAAAUUGUAGAUAGUUUUAGCAAAUCUAUGUACAUAGAUUUUGUUAGAUACAUAGCAAAAAAUUUGUAUUUAGAUUUGCCAAAACAAUCUACAGUUUGGAACAGAUGGAGUUGUUAUAAA